CUCCUUAUAAUUAAAGUUAAUUGUGGUUGCCAGAAUUUUGAUCGACAGACUUUAUAGUCUUUUGUGUCACAUUGGCCACCACAGGCUGAUUACGGAAUCACUUAGUUAAACCUAAAUCGUGUUAGGGGUUUUACAGGAAAUGGGGCUCCUUAGUAUCAUUCGGAAGAUCAAGCGGAAAGAAAAAGAAAUGCGCAUUCUUAUGGUGGGACUUGAUAAUUCAGGGAAGACGACCAUAGUAUUGAAAAUCAACGGUGAAGACACCAGUGUUAUCAGCCCUACUCUCGGUUUCAACAUUAAAACAAUGACUUAUGAUAAGUACACUCUUAACAUAUGGGAUGUUGGUGGUCAAAAGACUAUACGAUCUUACUGGAGAAACUACUUUGAGCAAACUGAUGGGUUGGUAUGGGUCGUCGACAGUUCAGAUCUCAGACGCCUGGAUGACUGUAAAUAUGAGCUGGAUAAUCUAUUAAAGGAAGAGAGGCUAUCAGGAGCAUCGUUACUUGUUUUUGCUAAUAAACAGGAUAUACAGGGUGCUCUUUCAACAGAUGAAAUAGCUAAAGUACUCAACUUAAACGCCAUGGAUAAAACUCGACAUUGGAGGAUAGUAGGCUGCAGUGCAUACACUGGAGAAGGGUUGCUGGAGGGAUUUGAUUGGUUGGUUCAAGACAUUGCUUCACGUAUUUAUGUUCUUGAUUAGUUAGACCUAUCUCAGUGUGCUGUUGCUAAUGUCUUCCAUCGCAAAAGUUCAUCAUCUUUGAUUCAAAGAAGAGUUUGUACAACUUAGAACUACAAAUUAAUCUAUGAUGACUAGCAGUGUUGUAAUUGCCAUUUUUGAUUCCGAGUAGUAUUGAAAACUUAAUUAUAUAAUUAUAUUUUUCUAACGUUUUUACA